ACUAAAAAAUAUUAUUAAUAAAAAAUUAAAUAAAACAAAAAAUAAAAAAAUGUUCCUUUAAAAAUCCUUAAAAACAUCUAGUAAACUUCUUACUUAACAAUUCCCUUUCUUCUUUGCCGCCAAAGAAUUAAGUUUUGGCAACGAAUGUAGAUAAAAAAUGUUAGUAGGUUGUGAAAAACUUGCAGACGCUGUAUAAACUACAUUAGGUCCCAAAGGGCGUAAUGUUGUAAUUGAACAAACAUUUGGAUCUCCAAAAAUAACAAAAGAUGGUGUUACAGUUGCUAAAAGUAUUGAAUUUUCUGAUAAAUUUGAAAACAUAGGUGCUUCAUUAGUAAAAUAAGUUGCUUAAAAAACCAAUGAUGAAGCCGGAGAUGGAACAACCACUGCCACUAUAUUAGCAAGAGCAAUAUUCAAAGAAGGAUGUAAAUCAGUAGCUGCAGGAAUGAACCCUAUGGAUUUAAGAAGAGGAAUAAAUUUAGCUGUAGAUCAUAUAGUUAAAACUUUAAAAAAUAAUUCAAAACCUGUCAAUACAUCUUAAUUAAUUUCUAAUGUAGCUACUAUUUCUGCUAAUGGAGACCGUGAAAUCGGAGAUAUUAUUGCUAAAUUAAUGGAAAAAACUGGAGAACAUGGAACUAUAACAGUGGCUGAUGGAAAAACAUUAAGUCAUGAAAUCGAAUUUGUUGAAGGUAUGAGAUUUGAUAGAGGAUACAUUUCUCCAUAUUUUGUAAACAACACAAAAUCUUAAAAAUGUGAAUUAGAUAACCCUUUAAUUUUAAUAGCUGAAAAGAAAAUAUCUAAUGUAUAAAGUAUUUUACCUUUCCUUGAACAUGCAAUGAAAUAAAACAAACCUAUCCUUUUAAUUUGCGAAGAUGUUGAAUCUGAAGCUUUAGCAACUUUAGUUGUAAAUAAAAUUAGAGGAGGUUUGAAUGUUUGUGCUGUUAAGGCUCCCGCUUUUGGUGAUAAUAGAAAAUCUAUUUUAAAUGAUAUUGCUAUUUUGACUAAUGGUGUUGUAAUUAGUGAAGAAGUUGGCUUAAACUUUGAAAAUGCGGAAAUUAAUGUACUUGGAAGUUGCAAGAAAGUCAUUGUAACAAAAGAUGAUACUGUCAUAAUGGAUGGAGCUGGUGAAUAAGAAGCAAUAACAGAAAGAUGUGUUUAAAUAAAAGAAUAAAUUAGUAAUAGCACCUCAGAAUAUGAUAAAGAAAAACUUUAAGAAAGACUAGCUAAAUUUUAAGGAGGAGUUGGAGUUAUUAAAGUAGGAGGAGCUUCAGAAGUAGAAGUAGGAGAAAUUAAAGAUAGAAUCACAGACGCCUUAUGUGCUACUAAAGCUGCUGUUUAAGAAGGUAUUGUUAUCGGAGGUGGUUGCGCUUUAUUAUAUUCUUCUAAAUGCUUAGAUUAAUUAAAAGGAGAAAAUUUCGAUUAAAACAUAGGUAUCUAAAUUGUUAAAAAAUCUAUUUAAAUCCCUUGCAAAACUAUCGCAGAAAACGCCGGUAAAGAAGGAGCUAUUAUUGUUGGUAAACUUCUUGAAUAAAACGAUGAAGCCAUUGGUUACGAUGCCGCCAAGGAUGUCUAUUGUAACUUAUUUGAUGCUGGAAUUAUUGAUCCAACUAAAGUUGUUAGAAGAGCACUUAUUGAUGCAACCUCUGUUGCCUCUUUAAUGAUCACUUCUGAAUGUAUUGUUGUUGAAGAUGUUAAAGAUAAGAAAGAUGGUCCUAAAAUGCCUAUGGGAGGUAUGGGUGGAAUGGGUGAUAUGUAUUGAAAAAAUAAAUUUUACGUUUUUUUUUUUUAUAAUUAUCAAUUUUAGUUAUUAUUUUGUAUGUUUUUUAUUUAAGUAUUUUAUACAUAUUUUUUUUUAAACAC